CGUUAUGGGGGUGAGGUCGGCGGGUGAGAGGUUAUAGUACACCGGGAAUACGUCCUGUAUACGGGGGGUCACCGCUUCGGGGGUGUAUUCUGCGCCUUGUAGUGCAUUCUAUAGGCUUGAGAGUCUCUCUUCAACUAUGUAUUUACUUCACUUUUUAAGACCUCUGCUUGCUGUCACUGAACAGGGACACUCCCAUUUAUGUGUUUUGUAUACAGAUCGUGUACUUCUCGCAGCUGAAGGCGGCUCUCUUUUACUUUGGACAUUUACGCCAUGGAGUUCCCCGAUCUUGGGAAGCAUUGUUCAGAGCCAACAUGCAAGCAGCUGGAUUUUCUACCUCUCAAAUGUGAUGCAUGUGAGCAAAUUUUCUGCAAAGACCACAUAACAUACGUCCUCCAUAACUGCAGCUCAGCGUACAAAAAGGAUGUGCAGGUCCCAGUUUGUCCCCUCUGUAACAUCCCAAUUCCUGUUAAAAGAGGCCAGACUCCAGACAUAGUCGUCGGGGAACACAUUGAUCGUGACUGCAAGUCGGACCCGGCUCAGCAGAAGCGCAAGAUAUUUACCAAUAAAUGUGGGAAGUCCGGCUGUCGGCAGAAAGAGCUGAUGAAAGUGAUAUGUGAAGACUGUCAUGGAAACUUCUGCCUCAAGCAUAGACAUCCACUCGACCAUGAAUGCAAAGGCAAGACUGCCCCCAUCUCUCGGGCAGGGCAUGCUGCAUUGUUCAGGUCUCAGGCCUCAUCUUCCAAAGCUGCCCCAGUUGCUUCUAGUCACACGGCAUCCAAGCCAGCGUCACAGUCACAGCCUCAGCGCAGCAGAGCAAAUGUUCCCAGCCCCCAGCUCCCUGCUGCUGCUGCUCUACAGAAUGGAUUAACAGAGGAAGAAGCUUUACAGAGGGCUUUGGAAAUGUCGCUUGCAGAAUCGGCACAGAAUGCAACUCAACAGCAUAGCUCUCAGGAAGAAGAGGAUUUGGCUCUAGCCCGAGCUCUGUCAGCCAGCGAGGAAGAAUACAGGCGGCAGCAGGAAGGGCAGGGGAGUCGCAAUGCCAAACAGAGCACCUGCAGUAUGUGCUAGCGCCACCCGGACCACCCGUCAAUCAGCACAGACCCAGGGAUUGCCAGCGGAAUCCUGACCAAAUCAAAGCGACAUCGGUUUCCCAGGAACGCAGAGACACAGUGUCUUUCAUGAAUUGAUUUCUUUACAAUAUGUUUUAUGACUUGAGAAUCAGUUUGAGCGGGUUUAUGACCUUCACAGGCGGACGGCAGAUCAGUAAGGACUACAUGGGACUCUCGGGCCAAAUGCUGCCCCCAUUUAGUUUCCUCAUUUGUUGCUCGGGUGAUAAACUUCAGGUAUUCAGCUGUCAAUUGUAGCCAAAAUUUUGGAAAUGUUUGUAUGGAUGUGAGAGAGUAAUUCCUGUCAUAUUAUUAUAGUUUUAUUAUAGCACCGAGAUUUAUAAUGACUAAUACUAAGGAGAAGUAAUGGACACAUAGCAUCCUGUAAGAGCUGACCUGUGAUUGGUUAAAGAGGUACUCCGUUGGAAAACUUUUUUUUUUUUUUUAAAUCAACUG